GAGCCUUUGUCUGAGCUGAAGUAUAGCUGAUUGAAAAGAACAUGGCAGCAAGGCAAGAAGAGCCAGGACAAAGAAGACAAGCAUCUCCUGCUUGGGCAAGAGAUGCUUCUACAAAAUAUCUUCUGGAGUUUGAGCGGUACUUUUCUGGCGGCGCCGGGUCGUUCGGCGCGCUGCACGAGCAGGCGCUGCUGCGACAGCUGGCCGGCUGCGGUCUGCGCUCGCUGGCCUGGCGCCUCUUCCUGCAAGUGCUGCCGGUCGACCCCGCCAGCUGGGAACUGCUCACCAAGGAGCACAGACGGCUCUACAGCCUGGCCAAGACGACCUACAGUGAUUACACGGAUGUGAAUGAUACGCGGAUCAGGUGUGAGGUGAACAAUCCGCUUUCACAUGACGAACAGAGUCCGUGGCACCGUCUGUUCGAGCACGCCGACCUGCGCCGGGUGAUUGAACAGGACGUGGUGCGCACCAUGCCCGACGUGGCCCUCUUCCGGGACGAGCACGUGUGCCGCUGCAUGACUGACGUUCUGUUCGUGUUCAUGCAGAAGCACCCGGAGGUUGACUAUGUGCAGGGAAUGCACGAGCUGCUGGCUCCCAUCAUCUACCUGCUGCGGAGAGAGUACAGCAACUUUGCCGAUGUGCGAGCCGCUCAUCGUGCCAACCACCCCACAUUCGACCUUCUAGAAGUUCUACUGGACAAGGACUACGUAGAGCAUGAUGCCUUUUACAUGCUGGAGAAGCUGCUGAAGAUGAUGGACUGGAGUAGUUCGGUGAACCGUCGCCGCGAGUACGAGGAGAUGCAGCGGGCGCCGCCGCCCGCGCCCGAUCUCCUCCACCCGCCGCUCUUCGCCAAGGACCGGGCCAGUCCUAGUGUGAACCAGUGGGGGCCGUCGCCGUGUAACCGCGCCGUGCGCCGUCACCUCUGUAUGAUCGACUACGACCUCUACCUGAAACUGGCCGAGCUGGGCGUGGAACCGCAGGUGUUUGGGCUUAAGAUGUUCCGACUGCUGUUUGGCCGCGAGUUUCGUCUCUCGGAGCUCUGCUCGGUGUGGGACGCCCUGUUGGCGGACAGCCACGCCACCAGCACGCUCGACCUGGUGCCUUACGUCUUCUGUGCCAUCCUUAUCUACAAUCGGCGACAGAUUCUGGAGCGGGAAGGAAUGGAGGCGCUGACGCUGCUGCUCAACCUGCCGCCCCUACCGGACAUUGCUGGCUGCAUCGCCUUCGCACUCCACAUCCGGAACCCUCUGGAUUAUCCCAAGCCGAACAACUUUCCGCCCCCGCCGCCGGUGUCGCCCCGUAAGCCGGCCGCCUCCAAGAUCCGGCUGCGUCGGCGGUCGGUGGAGCGGUCCAAAUCCGCCGUCGGACAGCCGAAGUCUGAGAGCGGUAGCGGCUCGGUCAGCCCGGCUCGGCCCCGCAGUAUGACCCAGCCGCCGCCAAUGUCGGCGCCGGGCCGGACCGGCCUGGUCGGCCUGGCACGCAGUGGAUCAGAGACCGUAGUGUCGCGGUCGGGGUCAGCCACCGUAGCGGCGGCGUCGGCGGAUCUCGUGACGUAUGGCCCGCCGCCCGUGGCCAUGAAGGAUGUGUCUGCACUGCGGGGAAAGCACGCCCUGCUAGCCUCGUCCGAGGCGUCUGCCUACGCAGUCAUGGAGAGCAAACAGACGUCCACACCACCCGAGUGGAAUCCGGGUCUGACGGGGAUGCCGUGCAAGGUGCGGCGGGCGGUGCUGCGCCAGACACUCUGUGUCGAGACCAUGGACCGGCUGCUGCAGAACAAGGAAGUUGAUCUAAGGACGCUCAGAGAACUAGUCAACGUUCAAAAACAGCUGCUGCGCGACCUGUGGCCGUUUGGCGGCGGCUGGAGCCCGCAGCCGCAGUGUCCGCGUCAGCCGCCGGACGGGACCAGUGACGAGGAGUCUGCGCCGCCGUCCCUAUCCACCCCGGUCCCGGAGGACCUCUACCCGCCCUCCACUGCUGAUAUUGUGGAGGAAGUUACACCGGAGGACGGCUCGGCACCCGUCUCCAACGGCCUGCCCGCAGUUGAAGUGUCGCCCGCGUACGACACUUUGGCUGUGGAUGUGGCCAACCUGAGUAUGUCGGAGGCCGCCGAACAGCGGUGAGCGGUGGGCUGUGGACGGACAGAUCCUGUGAUAGACACAGAGUGAUGUGCAGGGCUGUGCCCCGGACCAGAAUGGCAACCGACGAACUUAGUGAAGCUUACAUAUUCUUGGACACAUCCGUAAUAAUUAUUCUUGCCGGUGUCGUGACAAGUGGUGUCGCCAAAACGACGUCUCCCGGCCGGCGCGAUAUGACCAACUGACUGGUGGCUCACAGAACUUUGGCCAGUCGGUGUGAUUGUGUUCUUCAGGCCAGUACUGCAAUUGCUCAGCCCGCUGUGGCUGCUACUGGGGCCGAUAUCGCGGUAAUGCGUGGGUUUGUGAUAGUGUAUGGAGGCUGUGGACGCUACGUAUGCGCUGCAUUGUUAGCCAUGCCAGGCUGCUGAGCGAUGAACGCUUUCCUUCCGUUCUGCUUCCCAGAUCUGAACACGGCUACAUGAUAGCGAGUGACAUGUGCGGUCCUCUCCGACUUGUGUGUGUGUCUGCUGUGACGUGUGCCAUAGUGUACGUCGGGUGGCUGUUUUACGUUUGUACCUCCCGUGUAUCUCAUUUGGAUCCCGUCUCAGGUAUCCGGGGCUCCAGAAGUGCUUAUAGUUCUUUUAUCAGCCGGAUCAUUCCAUUGUUGUAUGCUGCAUGUCAGAUCUUCAAGUACAAGUAUAUUUAGUUAUGCAUAGGCCACUGUACCGGGCUGCGCCUUUCUUGGUUCAACGAUCAUAUCAACGAAUUAUAGCCAGUUCCUUGUGUAAUAGCUUGAUUUUUAUUGAAUCAUAUUGGGGCAUUCCGAACUAUACUUAUGUGAUUAAUUCCUUUUACGGGACUUUAAACGAAUCUUACGAUGCUUAUUUAUCACAAUGCAUUACUGUGGUUUUACGUACACGUCAAAUAAUAAAGCAAAUGGUGAACAACGCAA